UGCCGAUUGAUACAGGGCAUGUAUCGGAAUCCCGACCGGUAAAAAAAAAUUGUGUAUUUUUUAGCUCUUGCUAAAAGAGACUUGAAUUUUCAGAUAGUUUAACAGAACUUGGAGUUGUUAAUCAUCUUAAAUUGUUAUUAGGACUAAUGUUUUUUUUGAACGGCACUUAUUAGGACUAAUGUUAAGGUCUAUAAAAGUGUUGCGAGAUUUUUUUUUAAUUUCUCUACUUUAAGUUUUUAGGUUAUUUGAAAAUACAUAAAUUAUAUAAAAAUAUAUGUUGCUGUCAAUCCGGAACGGUACCGGGGAACACACCGGUAUUGGUGGUGCAUUCCGUUAGUAGGCUUGCCGGUACGUGAUUGACAACUUUGGAAUCUAUGCACAACAUUUACAAAGAAGAGGAAGCAAAGACACCACGGACCACGGUGCACAUUCCAAAUGCUGCAAAUCUUCCUGUUCUGCUUGGCCUUCGCAUUAAAUCUUUCCUCCUUACAGAGGAAAUGCAGAUUAGAAGGUGUUCACCUUUUCUGGAGAGUGUAUUUCUAUCAAGUGGUGGUGUCGCGGCCUCUCAUGAAUGGAAAACAGUUCCGGACAUUUGGAGGUCUUCAGCAGAAAAAUUUGGUGAUCGGGUAGCAGUGGUGGAUCCAUAUCACGACCCUCCUUCGACUAUGACUUAUAAACAGCUUGAGCAGGAUAUAUUGGAUUUCUCGGAAGGUCUUAGAGUUAUAGGAGUAAAGCCAGCUGAAAAACUAGCACUUUUUGCUGAUAACUCUUGCCGGUGGCUUGUUGCUGAUCAAGGUAUUAUGGCCACUGGAGCAAUCAAUGUGGUGAGGGGGUCAAGGUCCUCCGAUGAAGAGCUUUUGCAGAUAUAUAAUCAUUCUGAUAGUGUUGCACUUGUUGUGGAUAAUCCUGAACUCUUCAACCGGAUUGCAGAAACUCUCUCUUCUCAGGCUGCUAUGAGAUUUGUUAUAUUAGUUUGGGGUGAUAAAUCGUGCUUUACUACUGAAGUGCCGGGGGGAUUGCCUGUCUACAAUUACAAGGAUAUGAUAGACUUGGGACAUGAAAGUCGUAUGCAUUUGCUUGAUUCUCAUGAUGCUCGGCAGCACUAUAUUUAUGAAGCAAUCAGCUCUGAUGAUGUUGCAACAAUCUUGUAUACUAGUGCAACUACUGGCAACCCAAAAGGUGUUAUGCUCACACAUAAGAAUCUGUUGCACCAGAUAAAUAAUUUAUGGGACAUUGUACCAGCAAAACCUGGAGAUAGAUUCUUGAGCAUUCUUCCAACUUGGCAUGCAUAUGAACGAGCAAGCGAAUAUUUUAUCUUCUCAAAUGGAGUAGAGCAAGUAUACACAACAGUGAAAUACUUGAAGGAAGAUUUGCGGCGGUACCAACCUAAUUACCUGGUUUCUGUUCCUGUGAUACUUGAAACACUUUACAAUGGUAUCCAAAAGCAGAUUUCUACGAGCUCCACUGCUCGCAAGCUUGUUGCACUUCUCCUGAUAAGUAUUAGUUUGGCAUACAUGGACAUCAAGCGCAUAUAUGAGGGAAAAUUUCUAACAAAAUGCCAGAAGCAGUGUUCGUUCCCAGUCGCAGCAUUUGACUGGUUAUGGGCGAGAACAGUUUCUCUUGUACUAUGGCCAUUACAUAUGUUGGCCAGAAAACUUGUUUAUAAUAAAAUUCACACUGCAAUUGGAAUAUCAAAGGCUGCCAUAAGUGGAGGUGGUAGUUUGCCUUCCCAUGUUGACAGGUUCUUUGAGGCAAUAGGUGUGAAAGUGCAGAAUGGAUACGGGUUGACAGAGUCGUCUCCUGUUGCAGCUUGUCGAAUUCGUUCAUGUAAUGUUCUUGGCUCGGUCGGUCAUCCAAUUCGACAUACAGAAAUUAGAGUCGUCGAUUUUGAAACAGGUGAUGUUCUUCCUCCAGGUUCAAAGGGUAUUGUAGAAAUUAAGGGACCACAAGUAAUGAAGGGUUACUACAAGAAUGAAUCGGCCACUAAACAAGUCUUAAAUGAGGGUGGUUGGCUGAACACUGGUGAUAUUGGCUGGAUUGCACCUUCCCAUUCAGUAGGGCGAAGUCGCCGCUGCAGUGGCAUGGUUGUUCUUGAAGGACGUGCCAAGGAUACUAUAGUUCUUUCAACAGGUGAAAAUGUCGAGCCAUCAGAGCUUGAGGAAGCUGCCAUGAGAAGUACUUUAAUUCAGCAGAUAGUAGUUAUUGGCCAGUAUUAUGAUAAUCACUUGCAGGACCAACGUCGUCUUGGAGCUAUAAUUGUUCCGAACAAGGAUGAGAUUUUAGCUGCCGCAAAGAUGCCAAUUAUAGGCGCAGAUACCUCUGAACUUAGCAAAGAAAAUAUGACUGCUCUAUUAAAUGAAGAGCUAAGGAAAUGGACUUCGCAGUGCUCAUUUCAUAUUGGUCCAAUCCUUGUCAUUGACGAACCUUUUACAAUUGCUAAUGGUUUAGUGACUCCAACUAUGAAAAUCCGGAGGGACAAAGUGGUUACUCAAUACAAAUUGCAAAUACAGAAUCUAUUCAAAUGAUUCCCUUGUUGGAAGCCAUCUUUAGUGUGGUUGUAGGCAGGAAAAUACGAUGACACAUAGAAGGCUUGCCUUUCAUCUGCCAUUCCGAAAAUGUUUUCUGUUUACAGUAGUUAUCUGGGGCUCCUAAAGAUGUUAUGCAUCCAUCAUUACAAGUUGAGUAGCUGUACACGCUGCGUAUCAGAGGACGUUACCAAUAUAUCAUAACUAUUUGAGUCAUGCUGUUUGUAUCCGUGUAUGUCAUAACUACUAGUGAAGCUCCCACCAAUUUAUUUAUUUAUUUUUU